AAGCAAACCUCUCUGUCUCUGAGUUUCAUGCCGUUUGUCAUUUAUAUCUUAUUAACACCUAUAAGAUCUCCUUCCAAAUUAAAAGCAACUCGCUCACUCACGCUCCUCGCCCACAAUAUUUGCCCUUCAAAAACAGCCCUUUCUCUCUUUCGCUGCCGGCGAUAAUACAAUUCGCCGGAGAACCCAUGGACGACAAGUAUCUCCAGCUUUUCUUAGAUGAGACUGGGCUCUAUAACGACAUUGUUCUAGGCCAUCUUCUGCCGUCCAACUGGUGGGUCCCACUUCCUCGCUUCUUUCAGACGUGGCUCCGUAACUACAUUGCUGGAACCCUUCUCUACUUAAUCUCUGGGUUACUCUGGUGCUUCUACAUUUAUUACUUGAAGCGCAACGUUUAUGUUCCUAAAGAUGCUAUCCCUUCAAGAACAGCCAUGCUCUUGCAAAUACAAGUUGCUAUGAAGGCUAUGCCAUGGUACUGCGCUCUUCCAUCUCUUUCUGAGUACAUGGUUGAAAAUGGCUGGACAAAGUGUUUUGCAAGCAUAUCUGAUGUUGGCUGGUUUGCCUACAUCAUCUAUCUAAUUGCAUAUCUUGUUUUGGUGGAGUUUGGGAUCUACUGGAUGCACAGAGAAUUGCAUGAUAUAAAACCUUUGUACAAGUAUCUUCAUGCUACUCAUCACAUUUAUAACAAGCAGAAUACUCUUUCUCCUUUUGCCGGCUUGGCAUUUCACCCGCUUGAUGGAAUACUACAAGCAAUCCCACAUGUUAUAGCUCUCUUCGUCGUCCCUACACAUUUUAGGACUCACAUAGGUCUCUUAUUCCUGGAGGCCCUAUGGACUGCAAACAUUCACGAUUGCAUCCAUGCCAAGCAAUGGCCAAUAAUGGGUGCUGGUUAUCACACCAUCCACCAUACUACAUACCGCCAUAAUUACGGUCAUUAUACUAUAUGGAUGGAUUGGAUGCUAGGCACCCUUCGUGAUCCAGAGGAUGAUGCUUUUGAAAAGGUGAAGUGAUACAUCAUGCCUUGACAUAAUCUCAUACAUUGUCAGAACUCUUGCAUAGGCAUCCAUUUCGGACAGAGUGCUUUUGAUAUAUGCUUCCUUUGGAUGUAAAUCUUCUUGUUCUUUUAGAUUUGUAGUGCCCUUGACUGAGGUGGUUUGUUUUUAGAGGAGAUAUGUUUGGGUGCUAGGAAGCUUUCAUGCUUAUAAAACUUGCAGCUAGUCCUAAGCUCCAUAGCCAUGUACUCGAUCUAAAUAAAUUUCUGUUGUAUGCGUUCUGGGGCUUGUAUUAUUUGGAAUGUAUUUUUUAUUGAUGUUGCUAAUUAAAAAGCUA